UGACUAUAGUGUUCUUUGCCUCACUCCUCUGAUCUCUCUCUCUCUCUCUCUCUCUCUCUAAAUCCAAAAGCAUGGGAAAUGGCAUGGCAGUGAUGUUGUUGUUUCAUGUGAGUUUAUUAUUGGAGGUGUUGAGUUUUCCAUCGUCUUCCUCUUCUUCUUCUUUUGAUGGAAAUGAAGAUAGAAUUGGAAUGCUUCCAGGACAAGCAGAAAACAUAGAAUUUGAACAGUUCUCAGGAUAUGUAAGUGUUGAUGAAAAGAAGCACAAGAAUCUCUUCUAUUAUUUUGUUGAAUCACAAACUCAUCCUUCUUCAAAACCUCUUGUUCUCUGGCUCAAUGGAGGACCCGGUUGUUCAUCACUUGGAGUUGGUGCAUUCUCUGAAAAUGGACCAUUUAGGCCAAAUGGAGAGUUUCUUAUUAACAAUGAAUAUAGUUGGAAUAAAGAAGCAAAUAUGUUGUAUUUGGAGACACCAGUUGGAGUGGGGUUCUCUUAUGCCAACGGUAGCUCCUCCUAUUUACAAAUCAAUGACGACGCAGCUAGGGACAAUGUUGUAUUUCUUCAACGCUGGUUCAACAAGUUCCCUCAAUAUAAGAACCGAGAUCUAUUUCUAACUGGCGAAAGUUAUGCAGGGCAUUAUGUUCCUCAACUUGCAAAGCUCAUGAUUGAAAUGAAUUCAAAGAAAAGGAUAUUCAAUCUCAAAGGAAUAGCUUUGGGUAAUCCAGUUCUAGAAUACGCCACAGAUUUCAAUUCAAGGGCAGAGUUCUUUUGGUCUCAUGGACUAAUAUCAGAUUCAACGUACAAGAUGUUCAGCAAUGUGUGUAACUAUUCAAGAUAUGUGAGUGAGUACUAUAGAGAUUCACUUUCCAUGGUUUGUUCAGAGGUAAUGGGACAAGUUAGCAAAGAAACAAGCAAAUUUGUUGACAAAUAUGAUGUCACUCUUGAUGUUUGCAUUUCCUCUGUGCUUUCACAAUCAAAGGUUAUUUGUCCUCAAUCCCAAGAAAAGAAUGAGAGGGUAGAUGUGUGUGUAGAUGACAAGGUUACAAACUACUUGAAUAGAAGAGAUGUACAACAAGCACUUCAUGCCAAGCUUGUUGGUGUAAGAAAAUGGGAUGUUUGCAGCAACAUAUUGGACUAUGAUAUGCUUAAUGUGGAAAUACCUACACUUCCUCUUGUUGGAUCACUAGUAAAAGCUGGAGUUAGGGUCCUAAUUUACAGUGGAGAUCAAGAUUCAGUGAUUCCACUGACUGGAAGCCGCACUUUGGUUCAAAAGUUGGCAAAACAAUUACAACUUAAUACAACAAUCCCUUAUAGUGUAUGGUUUGAAGGUCAACAGGUUGGUGGAUGGACUCAAGUUUAUGGGAACAAUAUGCUUUCAUUUGCCACAGUAAGAGGGGCAGCACAUGAAGCACCUUUCUCACAGCCUGAAAGAUCAUUUGUGCUUUUCAACUCAUUCCUACAAGGCAGGCCUUUACCACAAAUUUUUUGACCCCCCCAAAAAAAAAUUGCCCUUUUAGUUUAGAUUUUUUUUUGUUGCCUACGAUAUGUUUGGUUCAAUAGGUCAGGGAUUACUGCAUGCACGGGAUUUGAAUUCCUACGCAUAUUCAAGCAAACGAAUGAAUUGACUACUCGACCAACUAAAAUCAGUUCUUUUUAGUUUAGAUUUUGUAAGUAUAACAGUCGUCACUUCAUACCCCAUAUAUUAUUUAUUUAUCAUUUGUAAAUCAAUGUAUUUGUGUCUAUGCAUAAUGUCAAAAGAAAAAUUAAAAAAAAAAAAAGAAAAUGUGAAGGUUUUUUUUUCUUGGGGUUGGAUUUGCCGUACAUUUUUGUGUCCUUUUCUUGUUACUUGGGCUUUGUCACAAAUGUAAGUUGUUGUUGUUAUGUAAGAAAUUAUUGUAAAAAAAAGGAAUUGCAAGUUUGUAACAGAAUAUGAGAGUUGUCUUCUUUGUCUGAA